CCUCCCUUUCCUACGGAAAGAGCCGUCCGCCCUGAACUCCCUCGAGGAAGGCGGGAGGAGGCCGCCGAGAUCCCCGCUCCGACCGGGCCGCCCUCCCGUCUCGGAAGCAUCGCCCGGAAGGGAAAGAGGCAAAGCGGCCGCUGCCUGAGCAGCGACGCGGCCGGAGACGACGCAGCCGAGAAAGGCGGCGGAGGGCCGAAGGGAGGAGCGAGCGAAGGCGGCGCGAGAGGCAGGAAGAGGCCGCGGCGUGGGCAAGAUGGAAGUGAAAGAUGGAAAUGCAGCUCUUCUGAGCAAUUAUGAGGUGUAUAAGUUGCUGACUGAUCUUAAGCAGCAGCGCCGAGAGACCGGGAGAAGCAAGCAGAGUGCUGGGCAGCAGAAUUUGAAUACUAUCAUGUAUGAAACACUGAAAUACAUAUCUAAGACACCAUGCAAAUUCCAGAAUCCUGAGGUUGUAAGAGACUUCCUCUUGGCACUGAAAAGCCACAAGUUAACGAAGGCAGAAAAACUGCAACUUCUCAACCUCAGGCCUGUGACUGCCGUUGAGAUCCAGUUGAUCGUGGAAGAAAGUGAGGAGAGGCUCACUGAAGAGCAGAUUGAAUCCCUGCUCCAGACGGUCACUAGAAAUCUUCCUGGAGACCCAGAGCAAGAAGAGCAGCAGGAGUCAGCCAUGGCUGCGGAGGAAGAAGGAGACGGGGUAUAGAAAGACUUGGACCAUGUGGGUGGCCUUGCCAAAAUGUUAUCACUGGGGAGAGUCAGCCAAACAUUCCAGUUGCAAAGAGGUUCCAGGGAGGAUGAAGACUCCCCCCUCCCUCAUUUGCUGACUAACACACAGUGAUAUCACCCUGCAGUGUUUUUCAUGUUUGUUUAUCCUCCACAAGAGCAACAAUUACCAACAACAGAAUUCUUAACAAAUGUUCUAUUUGUGGGAUAAGAAAACUGGAUUUGUCUGAGAUGCAGAUGCUGUGGUUGGUUCCAUGUGCCUUUUAUGUGUGUACUCCUUUGAGUAAGAUUUACAUGCAGCUGGCCUUCUGAUUACCAGUUGGUUUCUAGUGCUUCUGAAUGACCCGACCUGUUUUGCAAAAUACAUCUCACAAUUGAUUGCAAAAUCUUGUUCUGCUUCUUUAUUUACUAGAGAGGUGUAUCCAGUUUUUCUUCUCUCGCAUUACCAGAGUGCAUGAUCACCCAACAAAGUAAACUGGCAGUAGGUUCAGGACUGGAGAAAGGGAGCAGCUCUUGACGCAACACAUGACCUUACAGAAUUGAUAGCCAACACAUGAGCUCAGAUAGCUGUAAAAAGAAUUAGAAGGGCUGCAACUCAGGGGCAAAGCAUCUGCUUUGCAUGCAGAAGGUCCCAGAUUCAAUCCCCAAUGGCAUCUCCAGACAGAGCUGGGAUGGACUCCUUGCUUCAAACCCUGGAGAGCAGCUGCUUGUCAGUGUAGACAACCCUGAACUAGAUGGAAAACUGAUGUUACUUGUAUGAGUAAGUGGGGUGACACGAUAACUCAAUGGAACCUCCAUGCACAGAAGCCCUAGUACUUCUGAAUGCCAGAGGCCAGGGACAAACAAGAGUGGAGAGUGUUGGAUUUGUGCCCUGCUUAUGAGCAUUUGGAAGCAUCCAUCCAUUGUUUGGCGGAAAUUGAAUUCUGGAUCUCAUUCUGAUCUCAUAAGGCAAAACUUUCCCUGCUUUAUGCCUUUCAACCAACAGCAAACAGUCUCUUCUGUCCUUGGGCCCUGUGACCCAUUUUCCCUUCCCUUAUCUUUUAUAUCCACACCUCAUUCUAUUAGGCCCUCUGACCCCAGUCAUCAUCCUUCUCCUUCGCCCAAUCUGUGUUCUUUUCUCUUCAGCCCUGUUGCCUCUGGGGCCCCUCAUCUCCUUAGUUCCUCAGUCUCCUGGACACUUUUCUCUCUCUGCUUUCUAGAUCUCACAUACUCCCCCUGCUUAGAACUGGUUUGGACUUAGAAAGCGUAAAACAUGAAGGACCUGGCUUGCAUUACAUCACUGUAUUUAGAACACCAAGGUUGGAGACAUCUGGCUUUUGCUAUAGGGUUCCUGCCCUUCCCUGCUCUUGCAGUUCUGGGCAUCUGUCAACAUCUGCCCACCUCCCUCCCUCCCAUUCAUGGGAACACAGGGCCCAUUUCUGAAACUUUGCAUUUUGUGUUUGUAGAAGCUGUGUAAAAGAAUGAAUGCAUGAAAAGAUAAGCAGAGGUGUGGUUUAAAUUUGGGGUGUGUGCUCUGUUUAUCCAGGCAGUGAUACAUAUUUUUGCACCGUCUUUAUCAGAACUUGACAGUUAAUUAUUAGGGCCUGCUAGUGUGUGAGGGACCAAUCCCUGAAAGCAAAAACAAAUAGAAAUGUUCCUCAGCAGCUAAGAAUGCAUUCCCCUUCCCUCCCAGCACAUUCUUCUGUUUGCGGAUGUCGUGGUUUGUAAGCUUAGCUCGAAUAAACCCCAGCCUGCUGUGCGAAGCAACUGCCUGAGGUGUGUCUUGAAAGGUUUUGGAGACCUGGAAUGUUUCUGCACCAUUUGGUGACCCAGCCAAUAGUUUGGGGGGUCCAGCAACAUUUGGAGGGCCGAAAGUUACCUAUCCCAGAUCUAACUCUUCAGAAGCCACAUAGUAAUGUUAAGUAGUUCACAAAUAAACAUCAUGAUCAUAUUGUGUUAUAGCUUUUUAGGUAUAAAAACUUUGGUCUAGGAUACCUUAGGGACCACCUGCUUCCUUCUAUUCCUGUUUAAUCACUCAGGAUUUUGGGGGGAGUAGUCGCCCAUGAUUCACAUGCUGUUUUAGUAUUGUGAACCCAAUUUUGUAGAACUCCCUCCUGGUUGAGGUCAGAUAGACCCCCUUUCUGUUGAACCUCCAGCACCCAAUGAAUAGUUCUUUAUUCCAGCAGGCAUUUUAAGUGAAUUCUGAUGUUAUAAUUUUAACCACUUUAUUGUAUUGGGUUCUUGUAUGUGCCACAUAGAAGCAACUAAUUUAGCAGUAUAUAUAACUUGUCAAAGUAAAUAAAAUACUUAGCUUUUUUGCUUGAGAAUAGUAAAAUGAGGAACAGUCCAACCUCCUAUGCCUUUUUACUCAAAAGUAAACCCAGGGCUUCCAUAUACACUGCCCAGGCUUGCACUCCAGAGAGGUCACUGCAGGCACUGUGAUUCUUUAGUGGUUUGAGUUCCCCCCCGAGGUGCACUCCAUUGUCUCCCGAGACAGACAGAUGCCAACAAGAAGAAGUAAUAUUUUAGUUCCUUGAGACUUAUGCCCAAGUAAGUCAAGUACAGGACCUCAGCCGAAUACAUUUGCUCUGGCAGCGGGUGAGGAAGUGCUACUUGGGCUUUUCUCCUUCACGGCCUCCAAGGCAGAUCUCAACAAGCCAGAACACAUUUACCAACCUCUGGUGUUGAUGGGAGUUGUAGUCUCUUUUUGGAAAACUGCCUGAAGAUUUCUAAUGCAGAAAGCUUGGGAAUCUAUAAGCAACUAUAUGAAGUCUUGUUACCUUUUAAUUAGAUGUUGCAUUUUAAUUAGAUGUUA